CGAUUUGUCUCAAAGCCUCCACCGGCUAUACAAACUUUCUUUCGAACGAAAGAUAAAAUUCCAAAGGAUCUCCAGUCAGAUAUAGUCUAUCUGGCCCAAUGUAGUAAUUGUGAGGAUAGUUAUGUGGGAUAAACAGAACGGCAGGGUUUCCGUAGACUCCAGGAACAUGGUGCUCCUAAAGGCUUGUUUCAACAAGAUGGUCUCAGUGUACUCUCUGAUGAAAAAUCGGAUGAAGACAUGGAAAAGAUAUUCUCGAGUGAACGGAUCGAAUUGGUCCUACAAUAAAGAAACAUCGAGCUGUUGUAACACCAUACUCUACAAAUCCAAGACGAUCAUCUAGAAUACGACAUCAGCAGUCGCUAUUAAUUUCUCAAAUAAAAUUGUCUCAACAACUUACUAAUGAGACUUCUAACAAAAUGUAUGAUUCAUAUGACAGAUCAGUUAAUUUACCGAGAAAACUUAAAUUCUCACUAGAACAACACGAGAAGUACUGCUAACAUUAUUAAUGGUAGUAGUAAUAGUGCAAAAACGAAAGGAGCAUUAGAACAACCAAUAGAAGAUGGUGGCAGUGAACUAAACGCAAAUGAUGGCGCAUCUGUGAUUGAUCGAUAUCUCAAAUCAACUAAACAAUAUUUACCAUUAAAACGAACAGAUUCAACGUGGUAUAUAUCCUUCUAA